AUGACUGGGUCUAUUGACGUCCAGACUCCGCCGCAGACCGAGGAGAAGGGCGUUAUGCAGCACCAGGAGAAUAUUCACAGGGGAGACGCUGAUGGUAGCUCCAAUGAAGCUGGGCUUCACGAGUCCGAGAAGGACAUUCCCAUGACCUUCCGUCGAUUCAUGGGAUUCACGGCCAUGGCCUUCCUGUGGACUGGCAGUCAAAUUCCUGUUUAUCUGUUUGGCGGUAUUCCCCCUUAUAUCUAUGGGUCGAUUGGUGGAGCGGACCGUUGGAUCUGGUUUGUUCUUGGAAAUCUGCUCGCUCUUGCGGGUGUUUGCCCAUUCGUUGGAUCUCUGUCGGACUUGAUCGGUCGUCGCUAUGUCGCCAUUCUUGGUGCCUCUCUCAUCUGCCUCGGUAUGAUCGUGAGUAGCACGGCGAAUACGAUGAACACCUUUAUUGCUGGUAUGGCCAUCGCCGGUGCUGGCGCUGGUGUCAAUGAACUGACUGCGCUGGCCGCAACCUCGGAGAUGGCCCCAACCCGCAAGCGUGGUGUCUACGUUGCCGUCCUCAUCUUCACCAUCGUACCUUUCUGCCCGUCCGUUCUGUGGGCUCAGCUUAUCGCUGCACACAGUAACUGGCGCUACGUUGGUGCAUUCUGCGGUGCCUGGAAUGGCUUCGGUCUUUUGAUCACUAUUCUCUUCUACAAGCCUCCUCCUCGAGUCAACUCCCUCGGUAUGAGUCGGAAGGAAGUCAUCGGCCGAAUCGACUUCGUCGGUGGCUUCUUGAGUAUCACCGGUCUGAUUCUGUUUAUGGCUGGUAUGCAAUGGGGUGGUUAUAUGUACCCCUGGGGCUCUGCUCACGUCCUCGCUCCACUUAUCCUCGGCUUCGUGAUGCUGAUUGCCUUUGCUUUCUGGGAGAUCUACGGUGCUAAAUACCCCAUCUUCCCCACGCGUCUGAAGCAGGAGCCUCGCACCCUGGGCCUGACCCUGGUCAUCACCUUCAUCUCUGGCGCCAACUUCUUCUCUGUGCUCAUGUUCUGGCCCACCGAGUCUUUUAAUGUAUACGGACAUGAUCCCGUUGAUGUCGGCGUUCGCAGUCUUCCUGUUGGUUUUGGCAUUCUAGCCGGUGCCUGUAUCGUGCUGGUCCUCCUUAGUGUGUUCCGCGGACAUAACAAGGAGCUCCUGAUUGUGAGCAGUAUUCUCAUGACAGCUGGCUGUGGUGCUCUCGCGAUCGGUCGCGUCGACAACAUGUAUCAGCUGUGGGGACUCCUCGUCCUUGCCGGUCUUGGAAUUGGUGGAAUCGUCGUUCCCGCAUCGAUCAUCACCACCAUUAUUUGUCCCGAUGAUCUGAUCGCCACUAUCUCCGCUCUCACUCUCUCUAUUCGUGUGGUGGGUGGCAGUGUCGGCUACACCAUCUACUACAACGUCUUCAUCUCCAAGUUUGUUCCGGCAGCAAAAUAUUAUAUCGGAGGUGUGAUGAUGACCGAGCUGAACAUCACCAGCGUCGAGGCUAUCACUGAAGCCAUCGAGCUUACCGGUGCUUCUCUGUUGACUGAGAUGAAGCAGAUUCCCGGUAUUGCUGGUAACGAGACCGCUUAUGAGAUGGUAGUUGCAGCGGGCCAGCUCGCGUAUGCCGAGUCUUAUAAGUGGGUGUACUAUGUUAGUAUUGCGUUUGGUGUUGUUUCGAUCAUCGCUGCUUGCUUCUUAGGCGAUAUCACCAAGUACAUGGAUGACCAUGUUGCGGUCGUGAUGUAA